ACUCACUUUCAUCGAUUUAUUUCCAUCCCUCUCACAACUACUUUGAAACUUUUAACUUCUAAACCCUUAUAAUAGGUUAUAUGCCUUAUGUCAGCACUUGACAAUAUACGUUCCCCUCCGCGUGUGAGGAGGGUUCCCGCCAGUAGGAUUGUCCCGUACAAUGCCAAAAACAAAGCUAGGCGAAACUUGUUUGGACCUGUAGAUCAUGAACUGUUAGAAAAUGAGCUGAAUGACUCCAUCAAGAAGAUAAAUGACGAAAAGAAAGAAAAGUGGGGCUUCGACUUCAGUAAGGGGGAGCCUGUUGAUGGCAGCAAUAUCGAGUGGAUAAACAUAAAUGAUGAGGUGACGGCCACAUCAUCAUCAAGUGAACCUGUCGAGACUCUGACCUUUAACACCAAGGCAUUUGUUGGAGUAGAGGGGUUCAAACUUCUACCAUCAGCAGAAGCACCUCCCCAGCCAGUUUCGUCUUCGCCUGAAUUUAUCAAAUCAGUUCUUAAUCCACAACAGACCAGAAAAGCAAACGAGACAACACCCUCAUCGUCAGUUCAGAAGAAACGCUUGUUGAGCAGAACCACCACUAAAGUCAAGUGUAAACGGAAGAUCACCAGCUCUCCAGGCUUCAAGGACGACAAAACCCAGCCUUCUAUCCAGUCAUUCUUCAAGAAGAGGAAGCACGUCCCAGAGCCAAUUAAGAAAAUAGGAUCGACUGAAGACUCCUCUCCCGUCAGCAAGAAACCUCGUACAUCAGAGACUAAACUGUCAACUGUCCGUUAGUACGGAAGUUACAAGAGACGUUAUAAACUCAGAAUUGUUUGGUAUUAUUCUCAGUAUUUGUAAAUCUAGAUACAGUUGGGGUGGUCCGACAACAUCGGUGUACUCACAUUCUGAUAUUGAGAAAUAUCGGUCCGGUAGAAAUACCCCUCAUAAAGGCGUGGUUGUUAUAUCUGGGAUAUUUCAAGGUUCAUAAAUUCCUCACGAUAAUUUCUCUGACGCAGAACUAGUUGUUAUAAUAGGGUUGUGUACUCAGCGCGCCGAUGUAACAUUCCUCAAUCCUCAUUACUGAAUACAAUCUGAUAGAAUCAGCUCAGGCACGCAGCUCUGUGAUCGUAGACGUUAUUUUUUAAAGUAUUUAUGAUCGAUUUUUUAAUGGCUCAAUCAUAAUCUUUUUAUCUUUAACUUACCAAUAGUAUGAAAUAUUAGAGACUUUAUAAGUUGGGUUUCCGUUUAGUUGGCUGUUUUGGGAUCUUGAAGUUUGUUCAGUUGGGAGUUAUUAAGUGUCUCAUUUGGAUAACAGCUAAUCAUUUUAAAUAUAGACACCUAUUAGUAGUAUUAGUAGUAAUAAUUUGGAAUAAUAAUUAUUCCGUUGAGUUGUCUGUCUAUUCUAAGUUCACUUUAUAGUGGUGACACUAUGGAAAUUACAUUAUUGAAACCUUAAUCACAAAAUAUUCGAAAAAUGACGUAAAAUUUAAGCAAAUCACGGUAGCACGAUUCAUAGAUAUUAUUUGAUAUUAUAAAUUAUACAAAAACGCUUAAAAGCAGUAGCAGGUAUGGUUAGAAUCAGAUAUUACUUAAAUUAAAUGACUUAGAAUAAUAUUUGACCUUGUACACUUGUAUUUUGAAGUUCAAUUCUUGUCCAUUUUUGACUGUUGGUUUGGCUUUUGGUAGCUUGUGUACGAUAAAUCCUAUCGAAUUGUAAUUCUUAUACUAUUUUCAAUGUACUGUAUUGUCGUAUAUUUACUAUUUGGAAUAAA